GCCCGGGAAGGCGAAGCGCCGAGAAUGUGGUGGUGGCUGCACCCGCUGCGACGUACGUGCCCGGCCAGGCGGAGGGCGGGCCCGGACAGGCGGAGGGCGGGCCCGGCCGCCGCCCUUCUCCCGCGAGCGGGUUUGGCUUCUUGGCGGCGCUGAGCGGCCUCUCUCCCUGCAGCCCGGUGUGGCAGGCCGGCCGGCAGGCGAGCGUCGCCCCUUCCCACUCGAGGGCGGAGGCCGAGUAGCAUUCAUCCGCCUAAAAGCGGCCACAAGCGCCCCUUGGCCCCGGAGCCGGGCCGCCCUCCUCCUCCUGCGGUGCUUUCUCUUCCCGGCCCGGCCGAGCCCGUCGAGAGGUACGGCGGCUCGAGCGGGCGGGGGGCUAGACACGGCAGGGCCGAAGGGAGAGCAUGUUCCAGCUGCCACUGCCUUUGGAUCGGGAUGGGACCCUCUUCCGGCUCCGUUUUACCACCCUGGCAGUUGGGACAGUGUGCUGCCCCCUUUUUGGAUUCCUCUUCUGUGUGAUCUGGGCCCUGUUCUUCCACUUCAAUGAAACCACUGCCACCCACUGUGAUGUCCCCAACUAUCUCCCCUCCAUCAGUUCUGCCAUUGGUGGGGAAACCCCCGAGCGCUACAUGUGGCGUUUCUGCAUCGGGCUGCACUCAGGGCCCCGCUUCCUCGUGGCCAUCGUCUACUGGAGCCACUACCGUGGCUGCCACUGCACGCACCCCCGGUACCUCCGACUGUGCAACGCAGCCUUCGCUCUCAACCUGCUGGAGAACACUGCCCUCUUGCUGCUCACCUACAUCUCCUCCUCUGAGAACUACAUGAUCCAUGAGAACGCCUUCAUCCUCUUCAUCGCUUCGUCCCUCAGCCACAUGGUUCUCACCUGCGUUUUGUGGCGAAUGACUAAGAAGCACACAGUAAGCCCUGAGGAGCGCAAGUCCUACAAGUGGAAAUUGUGGCUGUUCCUCUUCAACCUGUUCGCCUUCUCAGUGGCCGUCUACUUCUACUUCCGCCACAACUGGUACUGUGAGCCCGGAGUUUACACUGUCUUUGCCUUCUUGGAGUACCUGGUGGUUUUUUCCAACAUGGCCUUCCACAUGACCGCGUGGUGGGACUUUGGGAACAAGGAGCUGGUGGUCAGUUCCCAGCCAGAGGACAAACGCUUCUAGCAAAGGCCUUGCUGCCCUCGCUGUGACCUGCAGGCAGUCUCUAGAUUCCUUUGGGGGAGCUGCAGCCUGCUGCAAGCUGUGGAUCCUUCCGACGGGCCCCAGAACGUCUGCAGGAAGGCACCUGCGAGGGGGCUGAAAAGAGCUGGUGACUAUAGCCAGGCCCUGCAGGCACGAGGACCAUGUCACAGUCCAUCAGGCUGCACAGCAAAAUGCAUGCCGGGUCAACGGGAGUCCAGAUAAAUGGGACACUUUUUGUUUUAAAAAAACCAGCAUCACCUGUGCUGAGCCGCUGUCCCCAAACAGGGAAGGGGCAGAAAGGAACAGUGACGCACUGAGGAGGAGGCACGUUAUGGGGUGAGAAGUCCCGCGGCUCCAGGGCUGAAGGAGGUGGAGCCAGAGGUCGCCAUGGAACGCUGAGCAGUUACACCUGACCCUCCUCCCCACUGCAGGUGUCUCUCUUGCCUCUGGAAAUUGCACUCUGGCCUCCUUCAGUCGAGGUCUUUCCUCCAGCUGGGAUUUCCCUGCCACCUAGCAUGGCCAGAGUGCCAAACCGUGGGAACCGCUGGAUUUUUUAAUAAAAAGAUGGGGCUGAGCAGGGUGGGGGGAGGCACCUUCCUACCCCAUCGUCAAGCGUUUGCACUGAAGUUCCCUAAAGUGAGAAAUGCCUCUUCUGCCCAUUCAAAUGAAUUCGGGAUGGUGCUGGCACUCUUGCAGCCCUGAGACCUGAUUACUCUGCCAUCUGAUGCUGGAGCUCCCUCCCUCCGUAAGAAUCCACAGACCCUUCCCAAAGGUAGAAUUCCCCGGAAUGUUAUGUGGGCGGGAGUUGGGGAGAGCACUGGCGGGGUCCAGUCCUUCUGUGAAGUGUUAAAGGCAGCUGAGGGCCACAUGGGUAACGCACCACCUGACCAUUGGGCUCAACUGGGGGCGGUUUGGCUAGAGGGGGGCUGGCUCUGAAAGGCAGGAAUGUGACUUGAGCUGGGAGUGCGCAGGGGCAGUUAGAUGGCCACAUGGGAUCUACUCUGCUCCAUUUGCAUGUGUUUAGUCCUGGGCGCCAGCUCAUGAACCAGGCGAAGGAAUGCAAACCCUUCUCUGGGCUGGGGGUGGGCGGUGCAUGGGGACAGCCUAGCUGCCCUGCCCCCUCGCCCAGCCCAGAGCCAUCAGGCCUAAUUCCUAGCAAGAGAGCGGGAAGAAGUAGUGGCAGGAUUAGGCCACCUGGCAAAGCCCUGUGGGAAGAUCCCAGAGUGUGAAGGGAAGGAUCCAGAGGAAGCGCCUGGUGAGGUUGCUCCAGAGGCUCAAGCAGGCUGCUGGGCGGGAGCCUGAAGGACGGGAGGACAGAGGCGCUCUUGGGAAAGGCAGGCGGGGGAGACUCGAGAGAGAGAGGCCGACGAGUGCAGGCGAUGCUCGUUCAGGCAAGAGGGCCAGGCCAGGAGGCGGAGGAAGGCUGGCCUGGGAGGGAACUCCACCGAAAGGCCUCCCAAGAGAGCAGCUUCUCUUGGAGCCUCUCAGCUUGUGGUGCAGCGAAGAGCCCCAAUGAGAGGCCUGAUCGUCCCUGGCGCGGCUCGUCCUCCCACGUCCCUGGUGUGUAGGCCUCCUUGGUGCCUGUGCACUGGGUCAAGGGGUGUGUUUGUAUGUGCAUGAAGCAUGUGUACUGGCAGGCGUCUGUUUUCCUUGGUUCCCCCCUCGAAGGCCCCCUUGCCCCUGGCGAAAUAAAGCACUGAGUAUUUUUCA